GGCUGCUGUCGUAGCGCACACGGUAGCGCGGGGAAUUUCGAGUGGCGGUGGAGCGCGGGAGAUCAGUGGGCAGUGGAACUCCUGGCAUCCUUUGGGGAGGCCAUGGAUGCCCUGGGCGAGCCUCGGUGGCCCCCGGGCCUGGAAGUCAUGAAGACAGUAGAUGAUUUGCUACGGUGUGGAAUUUGCUUUGAAUAUUUCAACAUAGCAAUGAUGAUUCCUCAGUGUUCACAUAACUACUGUUCUCUCUGUAUAAGAAAAUUUUUGUCCUAUAAAACACAGUGUCCAACUUGUUGUGUGACAGUCACAGAGCCGGACCUGAAAAAUAACCGUGCGCUGGAUGACCUGGUAAAAAGCUUGAAUUUUGCACGGAAUCAUUUGUUGCAGUUUGCCUUAGAGUCACCACCCAUUUCUCCUGCUUCUGCCUCUUCAAAGCAUCUUGCUGCCAAAGCCCACACUCCUGUGGCCUUCAAACAGUCUGUAAAGCAAGGAAGCAGGUUAAUGGAGAAUUUCUUGAUCAGAGAAACUAAUGGUUCUACGUCAGAGUUGUUGAUAAAUGAGAAGGAAAACAAAUUCAGCUCUCAAAGAGAGGUGAGCAGUUCUGCAAAGACCAAAGAGACGCCUUUAGAAAGGACAGCUCCAAGCAUUGCGGAUGCUAAUGUUCCGGAGGCACCCUCUACAUCCACUUUGAAACAAGUUACCAAAGUGGACUGUCCUGUUUGUGGGGUCAGUAUUCUAGAAGAUCACAUCAAUAAGCACUUGGACAGCUGUUUGUCCCGUGAAGAGAAGAAGGAGAGCCUCAGAAGUUCUGUUCACAAAAGGAAGCCGCUGCCCAAAACUGUAUAUAGUUUGCUAUCAGAUCGUGAUUUAAAGAAAAAGCUAAAACAGCAUGGAUUAUCUACUCAAGGAAGUAAACAACAGCUCAUUAAAAGGCACCAAGAAUUUGUUCACAUGUAUAAUGCCCAGUGUGAUGCUUUGCAUCCUAAAUCAGCUGCUGAAAUAGUUCAAGAACUUGAAAAUAUGGAGAAGACUAGGAUGCGUCUUGAAGCUAGUAAACUCAGUGAAAGAGUAAUGGUUUUUACAAAGGACCACACAGAAAAGGAAAUAGACGAAAUCCAUAGUAAAUACCGUAAAAAACAUCAGAAUGAAUUUCAGCUUCUGGUGGAUCAGGCCAAAAAAGGAUAUAAGAAAACUGUUGAAAUGUCAAAAAAGGAUACAAGAAAACUGUUGAAAUGUCAAAAAGAUGAACCUACAAAAAUGCUAUUCCCUGUAUGCCUGGAUCAGGAAGAUAAUAAAAUGAAAUUACCAGAUAUGGCCUUAGUAAUAAACCACUUCCCUCAGCCAAAGCUGGGCUCCCCAGGGAUAUGUGAGCCCGACGGACCUGAUGAUUCUUCCAGCUGUACUGAUAUCGAAGAAGAUGCUCUUUCUUCAUCCGAAUCAGAUACAUUCAAUAGUUCCAGUUCGGACAUCAUUAGAGAUAUUCUUGAAGAGGAGGAAGCCUGGGAAGCAUCACAUAAAAAUGAUCUUCAGGACACAGAAACAAGUCCAACACAGAAUCGUCGGACAAGACCAGAAAGUGCAGAGAUGGAGCCGAGAAACAAGCGGAAUAGGAACUAGCGUGACUUUGGCGACUUUCCCAGGGUAGUGAUCCGAAUAUGGUACUUCUGUUGCCAUAUAGAUUUCAUAUUUAUACCCACAUAAGGGUAUAAAUUCUAAAUAUUUUUAACCAACUUUUCAUUCUUCUGUCUUUUUCAGUGAGGGGGAGGGGGAAGUUACAAAACAUCCUCCCUUGGUCAGUUACCUUUUGCUGGGAGUAUUUCUCUCAAAUCCUGACUUCACACAUUCACCAGUUUUGCAUAGUACAUAGGCUUUUUCUGCAAAGGUUUUUUUUGUUUGGCUUUGUUUCUAGAUUUCAAAAUGUCCUUAACCCAUUCUCCUUCUUUUUCAUGGAGAAACCCACUUCAGAAAGGAUUCUUCAACUUUUUACUACAGGAGCAGUCGAGGAGUUAAGGCCUCUGUAGAAAGGCAGGAUGUCAUAACUCACACCCUUGGUGUCAGCAUUCUCGGUGUGCAAGUGUGUGCGUGCGUGCGUGCGUGCGUGUGUGUGUGUGUGUGUUGUGUGUGUAUGUGUGUUGUGUGUGUAUGUGCGCAUGCACGCGUGUGCGACUGAAUGCCACCAAGCCCGUUAUAACAGUUAGUGAUGUUUGUUGUCUGAGUUUAAGGUAGUCAGUUGUUAGACCCAUGUCUUACACAUUAUUCAGAUGUUAGUCAUAAACAAUAAAUUAAAAACAUUGGGCAGUCUUCAGAAAUGGCAAUGACAAAUGGUUAUUGUUAGUCUUUCUUUUCACUUGGGUAAAUGGAAUUUUUAACACUUUGAAUCCUAGCCAUUAAAAAGAAUGCUGCAAUAAAUGGAUUUUGUAAAUGACUAGACUCUACAUCAAUUUAAAAUCAUGUGCUUGAAACAGUAUCUUGAGUAUAAGCUACAAAUCAUCGAAGGGCUUGGUCAGAAAGAUCUCUGUGUGAAAUGAGCGCCAGUGCCCGUCGCUUCCAGAGUCCCUCAGGCCUGCCUGGCGUCUCCGUCAGUCUUCACCCUCCGCCACCGCCCAGCCCAGAUGCAUCAGCCUUCCAGUGACAAGCUAGCCAAUGUGGCAGUGUUAAGACAGCAAAUGUCUGAAUGUUCCAGGAUGCUUGUGACUUCCGCUUUCCAGACAGUGUCUCCGUGGACUUUGACAUUUUGGUAUGCUCUCAGGUUUCAGGGUAAUGUGUGGAGUCUCUUUAUAACUUAGAGUUAAGCGUUCUAACACUUAAAUGGCCAUUUGUUUUCUUUAUGAGUUCCCUGAGCUUCAAGUGAUUGCAUAAUAAUUUGUCAUAACCAUUUAAUCUAAAAUGGGGGUGGGGAAUGUCUGACCCUGCCAAGGCAUUAAGGAUGAAUAAAUUAAAUGUUUGCCCAAAUAAUAGGCUAACUUUUAAGUUGAUAAUGUGUAUGGCCCAAGAAUGAUGUUAUAAGUAUCCAGAUGGCCCUUGGCAGAAGUGAAGCUCCCCACUCCUGACCUAAAAUCACGAGUGUGCAUUAGGGAAAAUAAAGGUGGUAUUACCCACUGAAUGUGUCGAAGGAUCCGAGGGGCAGUGUGUGGGCAAUGUCAGACAGCACAGGGCUUAACAUCGGUAUGAUAUUUACGCCUGAGUUGCCAGAAAUCAUGCUAAAAGGAAAAGUGCUUGUAUCAGUAAAACGCACAUAGUCUGCUAUAAAUUAAACUGGAAAUAAUUACUACACUGUUUGCAGCAAAAUGAGUUUGCGAGGGAGCAGUGAGAGCCAAGCCACGGAGGCAGGCAGUGAAUUCACUCAGGUCAUAUUUAACUGUCUACGCAGUGAGGUAGCAGCACCAUGCUGAGCACUGGCAGUGCAGAGAUGACAGCGCCUGUGAGGCUGUUCUCAGUGGGGAAGGGAGGACUAACUUGCUCCCCAGGGGACAUUGGGAAUGUGUGGAGGUAUUUAGCUCUCUCAACUGGGAUUGCCACUAGUAUCAUGGGUAGAGGCCAGGAAAGCUGCUAAAUAUCCUACAACAUAGAGUAUUUGCUGGGCUGCCCUAACAAAGUGCCACAGGCCAUGUGGCUGAAACAAGAGAAUUUCCCCUCACAGUUCUGGAGGGUAGAAGUCUAAGACCAGGUUGUCAGUUGGUUUGGUUUCUGGGAGCCCUCUCUUUGGCUGUCACUGGGUCCUCACAUGAUCUUUCUUUUUUGUUCUCAUAUCUGUGUCCUAAUCUUCUCCUGUAAGGAUACCAGUCAGACUGGACCAGGGCCCAUUUGUAUAAACUUGCUUUUAUCCCAAUUACCACUUUAAAGACCCUAUCUCCACACACAUUCACAUCUGAGGGACUGGGGGUCAGGACUUCAAUAUAUGAGUGCCACUGGGGGCAGGGACCCACGACUUAGCCCACUAUAAAGAAUUAUCCAUUCAUAAAAACGUGGUGCAUAUAUAGAAUGGAAAAUUGCUCCACCUUAAAAAAGAAUGAAAUCUUAGCCAUUUGCGACAAUAUGGGUGGACCUGGAAGCUUUUAUGCUAAAUGGAAUAAGUCAGAGAAAGACAAAUACCAUGUGAUUCUCCUUAUAUGUAGAGUCUAAAUGACUAAA